AUGUGUAUUAUUCUUACAGAAGAAGAUAUCAAUGAACAUAUAAAUUUAUCUAUAUCAGAAAUAGAUAAUAAAAUAGACUCAUUUAUGAAAUCAGGAUCAGGAUGGAAUUUGGUAAGGAUUGAAAUACUAACUAUUGAAGCUUAUAUAUAUCAAAGAGCAUUUGGUAGAUCAUAUAUCUCGACACCAAAGAAGCUUGCCAAUACCAAAUGCACAAUCAAUCCUAAUAAUUCAAAAAUAAUUAAUCCAGUUACAGGUGCAUUAGCUUGUUAUUAUGCACAUAAAGAUGGAUAUACAGAACAUCUUGAACGAAUAUUUACUAAAAAGGAUUAUAAGCAAUACUUAGAUAUAGUUAAUUUAGAUGGAAUCCCUAUACCUACUCCAAUUUGCUCACGUAUAUUCAAUAAGAUAGAAGAGAUGAAUCCAGAUAUUUCUAUUAAUAUUUGGGAAUGGAAAGAAGAAACAGCUACUUCCAAACCAGUAAUAGCUAGCAAGAACUAUAAUAGACAACAUAUUAUAUAUCUCAUAGCUCUUACAGAUAUUAUCAAAUCUGAAGAUUAUAAGAAUAAGUAUGGGCAAAAGAACCAUUUUCUUUGGAUUAAAAACCCAGAUGGAUUGGUUUAUAAAGAUAAUACUAACAAAGUUAAAAAGUAUCUAUGUAAUCGAUGCUUUCAUAGUUUCCAAUUAGAAAAAUCUUUAGCCUAUCAUCAAAAGCACUGUUUCGGAUUAGGAGAAGCUACCCAAAGAGUUGAAUUACCUACCAAAGCUAACUUUGAGGCUGAUAAUAAGAAAUGCGAUGAGAAAUAUGGAGGACAAAUGCGAAAGCUUGCUGAACAAAAGGCCAAUAGCUUUUGCUACUUGGUUCACUGGAUCGAUACUGGAAAUGAAUUGGUUGAAAUUAAUAGAGUCUUAGCUAUAAAACAUAAUCGAAUUGAGACUGACAAAGACAAAAAGAAAUUCAAUGAAGCAGAUAGUUGUUGGAUAUGUAAAGAUAAAUUCGAUACAGAUAAUAAAGAUAAGAUUUGGGACCAUUGUCAUAUAACAG